AUGUCCUUCAACGACACCCAGCACCGCGGUGAGGCCGCAGACUACUACAACGGAAGCCAACUCAACCUGGACCGAGACCAGGCCCUCAGACAGGCCAGAUACGAGAAGCAUGGCCGUGAAGACCAGGAAGACGAUGACGACUCCCUCUUCAGCAAGGCAAUGAGCUUCCUGGGAGACAAGAAGGAGAAGAUCGGCCGCGAGGACAUCGACGAGCAGAAGGUGGUGCAAUCCCACCAGAUGCUCUAUGGAGAUGCAGAUGAUCGAAAUGAGAAGCAUGGUGCAGAUUCCUUGGGUUCUGGAGCAGCCAUGCAGGCUCUCAAGAUGUUUAUGAACAAGGACCAGAAGCAGGGACAGAGCCAAAAGCAGAGCGGUGGUGACCAGAACCAGCUUAUUGGUAUGGCUAUGGCGCAGGCUGGCAAGAUGUGGGAGCAGAAGAACCAGGAGGGCCGUGUGAACACUGAUAAGCAAACUGCUGUCAACAUGGCUGCCGAGUAUGCUCUGAAGAUGUAUAUCAAGGGCCAGCUGGGUGGUGGAAGUGGUGGAAUGGGCGGACUCGGUGGCCUCGGCAGCCUUGCUCUUAUUUCUGGUGCUUUGGGAGGAGGUGGUGGUAACCAGCAGCAGAGCGGCCUUGCUGCCAUUGCUGGUGCGUUGACAGGUGGAAGCCAGCAGCAGCAACAACCUCAGCAGCAGAGUGGCCUGGCUGCUCUUGCCGGUGCUCUUGGAGGAGGCGGAAAUAACCACCAACAGCAGCAGCAGCAGCAGCAGCAUCAACAACAGCAGCAGCAGGGUGGGGCUUCUGGCUUGUUGAACAUGGCUUCCAAGUUCCUCGAGAAGUAG